AUGGCCGCCCUGGGCAUCAUGGUCGCCCUGCUGGUGUGGAUGGCCACCCUGCUGCUCAUCUCCAUCUGGAAACACAUCUACAGCAACUGGAAACUGCCCCCUGGCCCUUUCCCACUGCCCAUCGUUGGGAACAUUUUCCAGUUGGAAAUUAAGAAUAUUCCCAAAUCCUUCACCAGGCUGGCAGAGCGUUUCGGCCCUGUGUUCACCCUGUACCUGGGCUCACGACGCUUCGUGGUCCUGCACGGCUACAAGGCCGUGAAGGAGGUCCUGCUUGACUACAGGAAUGAGUUUUCUGGCAGAGGAGAAACCCCCGCGUUCCAGGUGCACCAGGACAAAGGGAUUAUUUUCAAUAAUGGACCGACCUGGCAGGACACCCGGCGGUUCUCCCUGACCACACUCCGUGACUUCGGGAUGGGGAAACAGGGCAAUGAGCAGCGGAUCCAGAGGGAGGCCCAGGUCCUGCUGGGGGCGCUCCGGAAGACCCAUGGCCAGCCCUUCGACCCCACCUUUGUCAUCGGCUUCGCGCCCUACAACGUCAUCUCCGACAUCCUCUUCCACAAACGCUUUGACUACAAUGACAAGGCGGCUCUGAAGAUGCUGAGUCUGUUCAAUGAGAACUUCUACCUGCUCAGUACCCCCUGGAUCCAGCUUUAUAAUAAUUUCCCAGGCUACAUACGUUACCUGCCUGGAAGCCAUAGAAAACUAAUGAAAAAUGUGUCUGAAAUAAAAGAGUAUGCUCUAGAAGGAGUGAAGGACCACCAGAAGUCGCUGGAGCCCAGCUGCCCCCGAGACUUCACUGACACCAUGCUGAUGGAAAUGCAGAAGGAAAAACACAGUACAGACCCCGUGUACACCUUGGAAAACAUUGCUGUGACCGUGGCUGAUCUGCUCUUUGCAGGGACAGAGACCACCAGCACCACCCUGAGAUACGGGCUCCUGAUUCUCAUGAAAUACCCGGAGGUCGAAGAGAAACUUCAUGAAGAAAUUGACAGGGUGAUUGGGCCAAGCCGAAUCCCUGCCAUCAAGGACAGGCUGGAUAUGCCCUACCUGGAUGCCGUGGUGCAUGAGAUUCAGCGAUUCAUUGACAUCAUUCCCUCCAACCUGUCCCACGAAGCAACCCGGGACACAGUGUUCAGAGGAUACGUCAUCCCCAAGGGCACAGUCAUAAUUCCGACACUGGACUCCCUCUUGUAUGACAGCCAAGAAUUCCCUGAACCAGAGAAGUUUAAGCCAGAGCACUUUCUGAAUGAAAAUGGAAAGUUCAAGUACAGUGACCAUUUCAAGCCAUUUUCCACAGGAAAGCGGGUGUGUGUUGGAGAAGGCCUGGCUCGCAUGGAACUGUUCCUGCUCUUGGCCUCCAUCCUGCAGCACUUUAACUUGAAGUCGCUAGUAGACACCAUGGAUAUCGACCUCAGCCCCAUCGCAAUUGGGUUUGCCAAGGUCCCCCCCCAUUACAAACUCUGUGUCAUUCCCCGCUCACAAGUGUGA